AUGACAUGGCUUUAUUAAAACCGACGAUUUUCUGCAGUGUUCCUCGGUUAUAUAACAGAGUAUAUGAUGGCGUUAUGAAUGCAGUGAAAUCAUCUGGUGGUUUGAGGGAAAAGUUGUUUAAUGCUGCAUAUAAUGCAAAGAGGCAAGCAUUACUUAAAGGCAAGAACGCAUCUCCAAUGUGGGACCGAUUAGUAUUUGACAAAAUAAAAGCCAAACGCGGCGGGCGGGUUCGUUUUAUGGUUUCAGGGGCGUCUCCAUUGUCUGCUAAUGUCAUUGAUUUUCUUAAAGUGUAAGUUAGUUUUCAAUACUUUUUUAUCAC